CCCAACGCUCGCUAUGUCGGAUAUCGACGAGUUCGAGAGGAGGCUUGCGCUGCGAACGACGCAGGAAGGGUUGAAACACAAGGCUGCUGCUGUCGACAUCACGACACAAGUCAUUGAAGAUGCCCUGAACGGCAGUUUGGACGACUUCCAGGCCAACACGGCGAGACCUGGAGGCUCAGACGAGGCCGAUGAGCGGAGGACAGUGAUUGUGGACGACAAGAUCCCUGAGCUCUAUCCCCCCGAGCCGAAAGUCUCCAAGAAGCGAGUCGUCAACGUAUCCUCUGGGAAGGAAAAGCAGAUUGAGCUUGAAAUCCUGCACGGCACAGACUUUCAGGGCCCUGAGUUGUACUGGAAGACUGGGGUGAAGGCCAUCACGAGCAACCCCUACUGCCUGAUCGUCUACCACAAUCAAGUUUGUCGGGGGAAGACCGUGAAGAGCAGUCGUAACCCGAUCUUCCACGACAAGUUGAAGUUUCACGCUCCUCUCGACGGGCCGUUGGGAUCCGCCAGGAUGUCCGUCCUCUGCGACGAGGGAGCCGGCGAGCCGCACACGUUCAUGGGGGAGGCGACCAUAGACUUCGACAAGCUGGUCGACCUGAUGGCGCUGGAUGAAGGCGGGAACAGCAAGAUUUCUCAUAGUUGGAUACAACUGCGCGGUGGUCGGAGCGGGUCGGUGCAUAUCUCGUGCAGGUGUCUUGUAAAGCUGAAAUGAUGAAGAAGAAA